CUCUCUUUCUCACUCUAUAAAUCCCCACAGAUCCGUCACACUUCACCUAGAGACCCUCCCACAGCUUUCUCGAUAACUGACAAUCCAACGGUUGAGAUUCAGUUCUUCUAGAUAAAUUCACAUAUCCAAAGGACACGUGGCGGCGAGAGAUGAAAGAAAGUAGCCGGAAGCAAGGAGCUGCGUCACCGUGUGCUGCGUGUAAGCUUUUGCGGCGGCGGUGCGCUCAAGAUUGCGUUUUCUCGCCGUAUUUUCCGGCCGAUGAGCCUCAGAAAUUUGCUAAUGUUCAUAGAGUGUUCGGUGCUAGCAACGUCAACAAGAUGCUUCAGGAAUUACCAAUCCACCAGCGAGGGGACGCUGUGAGCAGCAUGGUUUACGAGGCUAAUGCAAGAGUGCGGGAUCCGGUUUACGGUUGCGUUGGGGCAAUUUCGUCCCUCCAGCAACAGAUAGAUGUGUUGCAAGCUCAGCUAGCUCUAGCUCAAGCUGAGGUGGUGCAUCUACGUGUACGCCAGUCGACUAAUUUCCCAGGGCACGGACUAUGCCCGGAUAGUCCGAGUAGCAGCGGGUCACCGUCUUCGAAGCAAGUGAGUCCACAGGACAACAAGGGCAUGUUUAGCCAUAUGGACAUUGUGGAUGAAGCCAGUUUGGGAGAGUCUAUGUGGUCUUGCUAGUCAAUAAUGCUCUCUUUCUGCUACUGCAAUUUCCUCUUCCUUUUUUGGGAAAUUUCGGGAUUAUUAUAUAUUAAAUUUAGGGGUAGGAUAUGAAAAUGCUCUGUUUUGACUACAGAGUGAAAUUAUUAACAUGAUAUAGAUACAUAAAAAUACUAAAUAUAUUUAUAUAUUAUAAAUCUCUCUCUAUAUAUUUAUUAGUAUUUGUAACUUUGUAAUUCCGGGGUAUUUGGGAUUUGGUGUAUGUGUAGGACCUUUGGAUCAUGAUCCGGUAGGGUUAUUUUGAUCAUUUCCAACCGAGGAGGGAUCUUUGUUAUUGACCUAAUGUAAAUUUGUGAGAUAUAUUAUUUAUCUAUAUCUAUAUACAAUUAUGAUCAUGUAACCCAUGGUGUGUGCUUGACUCUGUGAGCAUAUUAUCGUGUAAUGGUCAUCUUUGAUACUAGCUAAGUCUAGCUUAGCAAUUAGCACUAAGCACUUGUAUGGGCCUGAAUUUUUAUUAUGCAAACUUAUGGCCCAUUUGUCUUUAUUUUUUGGUUUC